UGUAGUUGUAACUCUGCAAAUAUUUAACUAUCGAGCUGUUGUUCUACAGUGAAUUAAAAUAAAAUUUUAUUACUAAUUCUUUUCACACUUUCAUAAAUUUUAACAUGGAUGAUGAAGCAGAAUGCUAUAAAUUAUGGAGAAUUAGAAGAACUAUCAUGCAGUUGUGUCAUGAUAGAGGCUAUUUAGUUACACAAGAGGAGUUGGAUCAAACUUUGGAGGAGUUCAAAGCUCAAUAUGGAGAUAAACCAAGCCAUUGCACCCGGCUAAUAUAUUUCUCCACUCUGCGUCAAUAAAUCUGGGGAGAACACUAAAAUGGAAGGCCGUCGUGGCAGUAGACCCUCUCGCUUGGAGAAACAAGAGGAGUUUGAAGUGGAGGAUGAAGGAGGCUCGUUUCUGUCACCCGUUACGAUUCAAAUUGAGGACAGAGGAGAAGACUUUAUUUGUGAGUUUCAGCAUGCGGAUAGUGAAGAAAGUUCGACUUAUGAAGUGUGUGAAGAAGAUCUACCUGAUGUAAGUGAUGUAGCAUCUGAGAAAGGACCUGAUGGAAAACUAGAAAGAAAGAAAGCCGCUUGCCGCAUGAAAGUUUUAGUUAGAAGUCAUGCUGUUCAUGAAGAUGCGUCUCCUCCUCCUGAUUUGGAGUCUGUUAUUGCGAACACGAACAUGCUUAGUGUUACUAAUGCUCCCUCAUUUGUGACUCAGUCUAAAGGUACUUUAUCUAAGAGUAGAUUAGGAAAUCAGAGCAGCUCCCAAGGAAGUACAGAAAGUUCAUCCACUUCCGGUAUAUCAAGAGACUCUAGUACUGAGAACUACACAGAUAGUUCUGGUAUCGAUUUACAGCAAUUUAUAAUUGACACUCUCCAUAAAAAUCAAAAAGAUCGUUUGAUGGUUUUAAAAAUCGAGCAGGAACUGAUAAAUUUGAUAAAGGAUAACAAGAAACAUUCAAUUAAGUUUCCACAAAUGAGUUCUUACAACAGAAUGCUUGUACAUAGAGUUGCUGCUUUUUUUGGAUUAGAUCAUUAUGUAGACGGAAAUGGGACUUCUGUCAUUGUAAAUAAAACGAAAACCUCUAGAAUUCCUGACACUCGCUUCCAGGAUUUUAUUAAAGAUGAACUCUUGCCCGAAGAACCAAAGAAGUCUAUUCUGAAGCGUGAUAGCAUAUCAUUUGAAGAAGAAAAGGAACGAAGCCCAGAACGACAGUCAUCUACUGAUAGCAGGCGUAGCAAGUCAUUUGAAGAGAGAGAAGAAGAGUAUGAAAAAGCUAGAGCUAGAAUUUUUAAUCAAGAUGAAGGUAUAGGAGGAUCACCUCUCAAUCGUAGUCAAGAAGGGGCAUAUCCCGAAGAUGUGAGAUGGCCUAGUGAGUUAAGGCCAUGGAGUAGUACAGAUUCUGAAAGUUCAGGACGCCCGUUAGGGUCUAGAAUAAGCAGCAGUUUUGAAAGUGAUGUUCCAACUCAAGGCAAGGUGUCUAGAUCAUUUACGUCUACCACUAAAGUAGAACCUGAGAAACCCUUAACUGCUCGUUCAACUCGUCCUGUGAUGAAGAAGGCUAGUAGUUUUGGGGGUAUUUCAGUGCUCUCGAGGGAUGGCUCUUGUGGUAGAACCUUCACUCCGAAAAUAACAAAAGCCGAAUCUUUCAACGUAACCAGUAUCUCAGACUGUCCGGUUAUAACUUGCGAAGUAUCUGUGUAUUCACAAGAGAGUCAUAUUUAUGCUAUUUCUUCAUUUGUUACGGCUGACAAUGCUGCAUCUGUAAGUGCUCAAGAUACUUGCCCUUUGAUAUCAAUUCAACCCAUAGAAGUAGAAGUUCCUUUGAUUAAAGAUCCUGAGCAAGCAACUACUGAAUCGGGCAAUAAAGAAUUGUCGAAAGAUAUUAUAUCGACUUCGAGUGUUUCACUUCCUUUAAUGUGGCCCUAUUCCAGUGGAACAGACAUGCUUUAUACAGAUGCAUGCAAACAUUUUCAAUCCGCACAUCAAAAAGCUACUCCAUCAUCUCAAAAUGUAUCUGGCUCUGUUACAGAUCAAGUGCCAACAUCUAUAGGUUCUAUACCUUCAAGAACUGCACCUUCAUCCCCCACCCAUUUAUGUCAUCCCCAAUCUUCUCAGUUGUUACCCCAAAUACAACCCCAAUCAGGUGUAAAUACUUCAUCACAAACUGCUUUUUAUGUACCUUAUGGUGCUCCAUCUAAACCAGUUGGCUCACAUCUUUCCCCCCAUCCACCCAGGCCUUUCAUUUUAUUUCCUGUGUGUUAUUUGCAGCAUACAUCAAACGUUCAUGCUCUACAUCAAGUAGUAUGUCCCACCACACAACAGUCUGCUCAGAGCUCAUCUCAAACAACUUUAACCAGUGCUGGAGGAAAGGGUCAUACAACCGUAGUUACCACUCAUAUAUUGAACUCACAAUGUAUGUCUUGUUAUUCCACUUUAGCGCAUUCUGCUAAUACGGAGAGUACAUUUAAUAAACCUGGUGCAUCAACUAGCAUUUAUCCUCAUGGUAAAUCUGGAACUGCCGUUUCUUUAAAACCAUCUUCAUCUUUUCCUAGUCAACUUUCACAACCUCCUGUUUGUAUGCAGUUUCAUAUUCCUUCUAAUUUACCCCCCGUUUAUGUGUCUGUAACUAGUAGUACACAAUCGCCAGCCACUCGAACUCACGCCGGCGGGCACGCUGCUGUGCAGUUCUCUUCAUUACGCUCACAAUCUCUUCCAGUCCAAUCUAAUUCUGGUGUUGGUGUAUUGCAUCCUGCAUUUAAUUCUGGUACUGGACAGUUCUUGGGAUAUACUGUAUAUACUCCGGCGUCUGAGUGUCUACCAGCUCAGUCUCCGUUGACAAUAGUAACCAUUGGUCCAAACACUAGUAUCUCUGCUCAAGCUCCUCAAUUUGUUCCGGCCUAUAUGUCAGCUUAUCAAAUUUUACAAACAAACGUCCCUCCAUUAGCUGCUACAAUAGGUAAUACUUCGACUCCUUUACCUCACAUGCUGCAUUCUGAUUAUCCUGCAUCCAUUUGCACAAUGAGCAAAAUGCCUGUAAGUUUUCCUUUGGUCAAGCAGGCGAGUGAUCCCGGUAUUGCAGAGCAUGCUGCUCUUGCAAAUAAUUUUUAUUUCGUUGGUCCUCCAGUGCAGCAACACAUGAGCUCAGUGUUGUUGCCACAACCACCUGCAAUAGCUAGGUUCCCUGGUGCUCCUAUUUCCCACCGUGCUCCUACCAGUCGUCCUAUAAAGCCUCGGAAGCAACGAUCCAAAGGCAGCAAUCCCAUUUCAGCUAGUCAAGUAUCACAGACUAUAUUAGAAGGAGAUGGUAAUCAUAUAUUGGAAGUUAUCGCUUUACCGGAAAAUAUAAAACAAAAUGACUUAGGGAAAUAUCUUGAACCUUUAUGCGAACUCGGAGCACAAAUUCAUUUAAUGAGUGUUGAAAAUCUCAAAAGUAUAGAAGUGAGUGACGAGUUAGUUUCAAAAACCAAACAUGUUGUUCUCGCUGUGUUUGGAAGUGAUAAAGCAGCACAAGAUGCUCUUCUUAGAAUAAAGACUCCUAAAUUUCAACUUCGACCUUGGCAUUCUUCCCAAGACUGUAGUAGAAAUAUAAAAAAAGUUUAAAUUCUAAAGGAUCUUGUAUGUUAUGGGACACUAUUUUUAUAAAGAUGCUAAAAAAAAAUAAUUUAAAAAAAUAACUACAACAAAACAUUGUAUGUUAUGCAGUUGUAAGAGAGAAUAUUUAUGUUUUUGAAUGUAUUAAUUUUAAAAAAAAGAUUGAUAUUGUUCUUUUAGCUUAUUGUACAGUUGUUCAUGGUUUAACCAAAGACUUCUGCAAUUCUUGUUCAUGUACAGAAGAUAAAAAUUAUAUUAAAAUUUCUUGCACAUCCA